CUGCUGUCACUGGCGUGCACGAGCUGCCCUGUUUGUUUGUGUAGCGAGAUGUUGGAAAUGGCGGAGAGGAGAGACCAACGCGACAAUUAAAGAUUUCAAAUAUUAAUACACUGCAAAUGCCUAUUAUAAAACAGCCAUGAAACGGAUUCCAGGAUAACUUUAUUUUUUUCGGCAACGGACUGGAGUAAAUCUGGACAAGGAGAAAACAUUUUUUGAUAAGCUUUGAAUUAGCUAGCUUGCAGCUAGCUUGCGAACUCGUCAGUGCGAUUUUUACUCGUAGGUUUGUUGUUUGUCAACAUUAGCUCAAGUUAGCUAGCCAAGUAACCCACAACCAAAUACUCCAGUAUAUUGGUAGACCACAAUUGUCACUACUGUGUGCAUUAUGUUAGUAAUCUAUCAGAUAAAAAAAUCAAGGCAAUUGACUAGUUAACUUGUCAGCUAAAUUCGCUAGCACCACUCCGCAGGCUGGUUAACUACUAGCUAGCAAGUUGUAGCCUAGCCACAUUGCGUCUUCACUAUCGAUAUACUUUUCUACAGCGGUUGUCCAAAAUCCUGUUAUAAGAGAAGAUUAACAACAGAAGUUGCAGAAAUAAAGCAGAAGGCCUCCCUGCCCUCUCUCCUCCCCUCUCUCCUCCCCAGGGAUGGUGCUGUACACCAGGCAGGCCAGGGAGCCGUAGCCCUCCUGCCCUGGAGCUCUCAGCCUGACAGCAGCAGCCCAGCCAGAGACCAGAGGACUGCCCCCCCAGAACGGCACCCCCUCACAUGACACCCUCCGGAGCCAUACAUUGAGUGUGUUGGAGACCACCAUGAGUGCAGUUGGGGAGAGCGUGCUGGACCCCGCCCCCACAGAGUCUCGCAAGAGGAAGGGAUCCCCAUGCGACACCUCAGGACACAGUGGGGAGCAGAGGAGGAGGCUGCUCCAGUGUCGCUACAUCGAGGAGCUGGCAGACCUGCUCUCCGCCAACAUGGCCGACAUCGUCAGCCUGAACGUGAAGCCGGACAAGCACCACAUCCUGAAGAACACCCUGCUGCAGAUCCAGGAGCUCAAACACAGAGAGCAGGAGAAAGCAGCUUUGAUGGUGGAUGAUGACUGCCCUCCCAAAACUGCCACUCAGCCCUUCAUCCUGGGCAUACACACUAUCGACAGGGAACACAACACAGCUAGCUCUCAGGAACACACUACCCCCAGCCUUCCACUGGCCCAGGGAAGCCCAGCCCAGCCCUCCCACUCCCCUGCCCUCCCCCCAGGCAGCGAGACCAGCCAAGCCCCAGGCCUGCCCUCCGGCAUCCACCUCAACAAUGGCAACAGCUCCGCCCACGGACACGCCCACGCCACGCCCACAGACUAUCUUAUACCCAAUCGAAUGUGCCCUCAGCAGGUCAACAGCCCCUCCCCCCUGGGGAGCCCAAUCACAGCCGCCCCUACCUCCUUCGUGUCUCCCAGACGGCCGCGUGCGAGCCCCGGUCUGGGAGGAAAGCCCUUCUCCCCCUCCACGCCCGGCCUCCACGCCCCAGCCGGAGCAGGGGCAGUGGGUGGAGGGGGCUGCCUCAGCAGGCAGCACUCUGGUGGGGACGGGGGAGCCGCAACGCCCAUGGGCUUCUCACUGCCCUCCCCUCUUCCCCAGAGACAGGCCAGCACCCCCACCUCCUCCCCCGCACGCCCCCCCCCUACCAAACCCCCCGAGGGGGGAGGAGGGGACGGAGUCAAAGCCCCCACUACCUCUCAGCUGGGCAACCCCAAACUCAGCCAGCUCCUGGACACCAACGGGGCAAAGCCUAGCAACCACACCCCUCCUCCCCCCAACCCUCCCCUUCAAUGCCCCUCCUCCCUCACCUCUCCUCCCCCCAACCCUCUCCCCCAGUGCCCCACCUCCCACAGCACCCUCACCGAACGCCACAAGAUCCUCCACCGGCUGCUCCAGGACAGCGGCCCCAGCGAGGGGGGUCCGGAGGCCGGGGGGGGCAGGAGGGAUGUGGAGGUGAAGAAGGAGCCCCAGCAUGUUGCAGCGCCCCCUACACCUGGCUCCAGGGAACCUCAGGAUCACCAGCUGCUACGCUUCCUGCUGGACACGGACGAGAAGGACCUGGCCGACCUCCCGCCCCCCGCGGUGCUUAGCCUGCACACUAUCAGGGUGAAGGCCAGGAGGACCACGGGGGAGGGUCUCCCUGGGGGAGACGCCCUGCCUGGGGGAGACACCUGGCCACAAGACACGUUCUCCAGUGACCUGGACCCUCUGUUCCAGCUGCUGCCCCCCCUCAGGGGCCUCCCGGGGGACCAGCAGGGCAGCGAGGAGGCCGGGGGCCCCCAGAUACAGACACAACCUCAACCUCAGCUCCAGUCCCCCACACAACCUCAGCUCCAGUCCCCCUCACAACCUCUCCUCCAGUCCCCCACACAACCUCAGCUCCAGUCCCCCACACAACCUCAGCUCCAGUCCCCCACUAAACCUCAGCUCCAGUCCCCCUCACAACCUCAGCUCCAGUCCCCCACUAAACCUCAGCUCCAGUCCCCCACACAACCUCAGCUCCAGUCCCCCUCACAACCUCAGCUCCAGUCCCCCUCACAACCUCACCUCCAGUCCCCCACACAACCUCACCUCCAGUCCCCCAAACAACCUCACCUCCAGUCCCCCACACAACCUCAGCUCCAGUCCCCCACACAACCUCAGCUCCAGUCCCCCUCACAACCUCAGCUCCAGUCCCCCUCACAACCUCAGCUCCAGUCCCCCUCACAACCUCAGCUCCAGUCCCCCAAACAACCUCAGCUCCAGUCCCCCUCACAACUUCACCUCCAGUCCCCCUCACAACCUCAGCACCAGUCCCCCACACAACCUCAGCUCCAGUCCCCCUCACAACCUCAGCUCCAGUCCCCCUCACAACCUCAGCACCAGUCCCCCACACAACCUCAGCUCCAGUCCCCCUCACAACCUCAGCUCCAGUCCCCCACACAACCUCAGUUCCAGUCCCCCAAACAACCUCAGUUCCAGUCCCCUGUCUCCCAGCUCCAUUUACAGUCACCAACCCAGUCCCAGGUCAUGAUUCAGUCACCCUCCCAACCCCAGUCUCAGCCUCAACUUCAGCCCAACAAAGAGAACAUUCCCAGGACCGUCACCAUCAAGCAGGAGUCCCCUGGACCCCCUGUCCGCGGGCUCAGUGAUGGAGGCCCGGCCUCCGCCUGCAGUCUGCACCUCCAGUCUCCCUUUGAUGUCUGCAGUACCAACACCCAGGACCAGGACCAGACCCCAGGGCUGGCUGAGAUGGAGCACACAGACUUGGUUGGGUCUCAGUUCCAGCCUCUACCUCUGAUGGAGCCUGUGCCCUUUGAGUCCGGCGUGGGAGACCCUGUACAUGGCCCGCUGUCGUCACCUCAGGAGCAAGGUGUGUGCCCCCUGGAUGAGCUGCUGUGCCCACCCACCACCCCAGAGGGCCGCAGCGAUGAGAAGGCUCUCCUGGAGCAGCUGCUCUGCUUCCUCAGCCGAGACGAGAGUCAGCUGGCCGAGCUGGACCGAGCCUUGGGGAUAGACAAGUUGGUCCAGGGUGGCUGUUUCGACCCUGUACCCUCCCGUCUCCCCCCCCAGCCCGCCGCAGCUACCCCCGUCACCCUGGACCCCACACUGCCCAGCUACCUCGGCCAGUUCCCGGGCACAGCCUUUGGUGGCCCUCGGGGGUCCUUCCCAGGGGGGAUAAGGCCGGGCGUGGCCGGAGCUCCGGGCGUGGCCGGAGCUCCGGGCGUGGCCGGACCGAUGAGGCUUCCUCCAAACCAGCUGAGACUGCAGCUGCAGCAGAGGCUACAGGGCCCCCAGCAGCUGCAGAGUAGACUAGCAGCUAUGGGCCAGUUUCCAGGGGGAACGCACGUUGCCAUGGGGAUGCGUCAGGGAUUGCCGCAGCCUCAAAUGCCCUCUCAACCUCCUCUGAACGCCCAGAUGAUGGCCCAGAGGCAGAGGGAGCUGUACAGCCUUCAGCACCGCCAGCGCCAACUGCUCCAGCAGAAGGUCCUGAUGAUGAGGGGCCUGGGGGUGCCGGGGGCCAGCCUGGGGGGGCCGGGGGCCCAGAAGCCCCCUCCCCAGAGCCAGUCUCAGCAGUUCAGCUUCUCUCCAGGCUACAGCCCCCUGCCGGGGAACGCCCCCAGCUCGCCCAGCCACUUCAGCAUGGAGGGGGGCCUGGACCCCAAGGGGCCUGGGAGGGGGGCCCUUGGGUCCCUAAUGGGCCAGGGGGAUUUUGGGGGCCUGGGGGCCAGCUCAGCGGUGCAGCAGGGGCUCCUCCAGCAGUUUGGGGGGAUGAUCCAGAAGCAGGAGUGUUCAUUCCCCUCAGAGCUCAGCCCCACCAGUCCCCUCCUCUCUCCUCACAACUCACACUCCCAGAGUCCCCAGCUGCAGCAGGCCCCGCCCCCUUCCGGGUACCAGUCAGCUGACAUGAAGAGCUGGCAGCAGGCUGGCUUAGGCAACAGCUUGUUCAGCACAGCAGGUCAGGGUUUUGGCCAGCAGGGGGUGUACAACAACAUGAGCAUCACCUUGGCGAUGGCUGGCUCCUCCGGGGCCAUCAGCUCCCUACCUCCAAUGGGGCCGCCCGUCGCCAUGGGUAACAGUAACCUCGGCAACGUCGGCUCGAUGUGCAGCGACCAGCAGGUGCAGCAGCUGCAGGUGUUUGCUGACGUCCAGUGUACCGUCAACCUGGUGGGCAGUGACUCCUACCUAGCCCAGCAGGGGGCCCCCCAGAAGCCCCCCCUGGUGCCCCAGAGCGGCCAGGCCCAGCAGAAGAGCCUGCUGCAGCAGCUGCUGACAGAGUAACCCCCUGCCCCCCGCUCCCCCUGCCCCCCGCCACCUUUACCUCUCUGCCUCUCUCUCUGGUUCCUGUCUGGUCUGGUGGGCUGAGGACUGUGCCUGGUGUCUGUCUGGCCCAGCCUCUGGUUCUCACUGCUGGUAACCUUCUUUAGAACACAGAAGUCCACUUCCUGGUUCGGGGGAAUUGUCACGUUCCGGAUUUGCCAAGUCGUCGCCGCCGUCAUCUUAUCAGGACCGACUGACCUCGUCUGUUUCUGAUUGGCCUGUUCCGUCAGGUCGCCGCAGUGCAUCCUGGGAGAGCAUGCAGCUGGGGUCAGCUCCGGGGUUGCCUCUCUCUCCCACAGGGCGGGCGUCGUCCUUGUUGUUGUCAGGACAACGUUGUGGGAUUGUUAGGGUUGCAACCUCUGCAAUGGGAUAGCUCAGUUUCAGCUGGCUCUGUGACUGGCUGGCUCUCUGUGCUGCAGUGCAUGAUGGGAGUUUGAGUUUCAAAACUCAUCUUCUUCUACUCUUGUUUUUUUUUGUUUAUGUUGUCGAUAUUGAUCUCUGCUGUGGCCGUGGGCCGGGCCGGGACACGGGGUCGGGGCGGGGGGCCGGCAGGCAGGAUGCUGCUCAUGUCUCUCACCGAGCGACUCGCUCCAACUCAACUACACCUGGCUGUCUCACCUGGCUGUCUCACCUGGCUGUCUCAGUCACGUUCCUCUCAGCAGCUGUGAAGAGGAGCCCUGUCAGGAUCUCUCCUCCUCCUCCUCUCUCCUCCUCUCUCCUCCUCCACCUCUCUCCUCCUCUCUAUCUGUCUCUGGCCUAUCAGUGUUGUAAAGCCUCAUGCAUCGUGCAGGCAGGUAGUAUUGUACAGCAUAGACAGACAGACGUUGGGAUGUCUUCACUCUUAUUAAACAGCAACUCAGUCUAUACAUUGUGAUUCAAUGCAGGUUUUUUUUUUUUUUUUUUUUUUUUAAGAUUCAAGAGUAAUAAUAUCAGUUCUUUUUUUUUCUUUUUUUUAAGUGAUGUUUCACAUCAUGGACAUGUAACACUGCUAAAAUGUAACGUUGUUGUAUUGGGAUAGCUCUGUCUUCUUCUGUAAAUGUGAAAAAAAGAUAUAUUUUCUAAAAGGUUAACUCAUGCUUAGCUGUAUGGUAUCACAUUGAAUGUCUAAACAACCUCUCCCCCCUCUAAAUUCACUUCUAACACACAAGCCUGAGUUAGGGUUACACUACACACUACACACCACCAGACUCUGAACACGUAGGACUUCCUGGCUGUAAUACAGGAGGGGGGAUAUUUCAUGGAGGAUUUCAUCAGGAUGUUUUCUCUCCUUCACUUCCCCGUCUGUGAUGAUGAUGACAAAGAUGAGGUCACUCCACUGGCCACGCCCCUCAGCUCUUAUUGGCUGCUCAUGUGACUACUGUUGUCCAGUCAGACACUGUGGCCCGUUCCAAACAAAACUCUGGGCUCUCCGCUCCCAACAAGCCCUGAGGUCCAAUCACAAGAUGAGUUGGGUGUGCAACCAAUCACGGGUUGAUGUCUCCUACGUGGCCUGUGAUUGGCUGGAUGAAAUGUUGGCCAUAUUGUUUUCACCUGUCAAAUCCUGUGAGACCCUGGCAGGUGUGUGUUGGGGGAGAAAGACUUGGGAGUUUGGUUUUGGACGAGGCAUGUCUCAUUCACACACCUCUGUUGAUGUUCACUAGAACCCCGACUGCAGUACACACUACAGCAGCGCCCAGCCCAGACAGGUCCACUAGGG